UCUGUCAGUGCUCUAUUUCGGUCAUCCGGUCACACAGUGGCGCAGCAGUUCUGAACUUCUGUAUAUCAUCGUCACUUCCGCCGCUGUUGAUCAGGACGGUCGGUCGCGCGCGCUGGCGGGAGUUCGCCGGAUUAAAGCUUUUAAACAUAGUAAUUGCAAAGCUUUUCUGAUACGCGUCCUAAUUAAAACACCAUGGCCGACAGCGAUGAUGAGUACGACCGCAGGCGAAGAGACAAGUUCCGCAGGGAGAGGAGCGACUAUGACCGAUCCCGGGAGAGAGAGGACCGCCGCAGAGAUGACUGGAAUGACAGGCGGCCCUCGGCUAGAGAGUGGGACAGAGGCCGCGAGCGACGCAGCCGAGGGGAGUAUCGUGACUACGAGAGGGGCAGACGAGAGAGAUUUUCCCCUCCACGUCAUGACAUGAGCCCUCAGCAGAAGCGCAUGAGGAGAGACUGGGAUGACCACGGAGGUGACCCUUACCAUGGUGGCUAUGACCUGGGUUAUGGAGGAGGUGGAGGACCCAGCUACGCCCCUCCUCAGCCGUGGGGUCACCCUGACAUGCACCUGAUGCAGCCUCAUCAUGGAAUCCCCAUCCAGGCCAGGCUGGGAAACAUCCAUGACAUGGAUCUCGGUCCUCCCCCUCCUGUGAUGAAGACCUUUAAGGAGUUCCUGCUGUCCCUGGACGACUCUGUGGAUGAGACUGAGUCGGUCAAACGCUACAAUGAGUACAAGGUCGAUUUUAGGCGUCAGCAGAUGCAGGACUUCUUCCUGGCCCAUAAAGAUGAAGAGUGGUUUCGUUCGAAGUACCACCCGGAUGAGGCUGGGAGGCGUAAAGCAGAAGCCCACAGUGCUCUACAGAACCGAUUGAAUGUCUACAUGUUCCUGAUGGACAAUAACUGGUUUGAAACGAUCUCUUUGGACAUAGAGCAUGCUCCACAAAUCACCAAGAUUUUAGAUGCAGCCGUAAUAAAGAUGGAAGGAGGAAUGGAAAAUGACCUGCGCAUUCUGGAACAGCCCACCGAGGAAGAGGAGGAGCGAGAGAGACUGUCAUCUGGUGGACCUGGUUCUGAAGCGCCCAAACGGGAUGAGCCCAGGCCCGCAGAUGUUGAGCGCAAACCCUCAACUGAAAAGGACAAGAUGGCUGAGGGUGAUGAGGGCACUGAGAAGGAUGCAGCCGCUUCUGCAGGAGGAGGUGAAGGAGGGGAGAAGACUGAGAAAGAAGCACCUGCUGAACCAAUCCCAGAACCUAAGAAGUUAAGCAAGAAGAGAAAGAGGAAGCACAGUGGAGACAGUGAAGAUGAAGCCAGUGCAUCUGACAGUGAAUCUGAAUCUGACUCGGACUCAAACUCUCACUGCUCGGAGAAACCGUCAGAAAGAGAGAGAGAACCAGACGAGGGAGAGGAUAAGGAGGAAGAGGAAGAAGAGGAGGGGGAAGCUGCUGAUGUGAAGGAGCGAACGGAGGAGCAGAAGGAAAGGGAGAAGGAAAAGGAGAAGAAACCAAAGGACGAUCAGCCUCCACGACCUCGACCUCUUCACAGGACAUGCUCUCUCUUCAUGAGGAGCAUCGCUCCAACCAUAUCUAAAGCGGAGAUCGUCGCUCUGUGUCGACGUUAUCCAGGAUUUAUGCGUGUUUGUUUGUCAGAACCGCAGCCGGAGCGUAGGUUUUUCAGGCGUUGUUGGGUGACCUUCGACAGAGGUGUGAACAUCAAAGAGAUCUGCUGGAACCUGCAGAACAUCCGGCUGCGGGACUGUGAGCUGGCUCCUGGGGUCAACCGAGAUCUGGCACGUCGUGUGCGGAACGUAAACGGAAUCACUCAGCACAAGCAGGUUCUGCGUAAUGACAUCAAGCUGGCUGCUAAACUGAUCCAUGCACUGGAUGACAGGGAGAGGCUGUGGAACCACAAACUCAGAGAAGAGACACACACUCUGGAGCUCCCAGCUCAGAACCCCAUUUUGAAGAACAUCACUGAUUACCUGAUUGAGGAAGUGAGUGCAGAGGAGGAAGAGCUUCUGGGAAGUGCAGGUGGAGCCGACUCUGAGGAGGGAUCCAAAGAGGGAAACCCCACUGAGAUAACUGUGGAGAGAGAUGAAAAACUUGUCAAGGUGUUGGAUCGUCUCCUGUUCUAUCUGCGUAUCGUACACUCUAUUGAUUAUUAUAACACCUGCGAGUACCCGAGUGAGGACGAGAUGCCAAACCGCUGCGGCAUUAUCCAUGUGCGAGGGCCCAUUCCCCCCAACCGCAUUACUCACAGAGAGGUGGCUGACUGGCAGAAGAUAUUUGAAGAGAAGCUGGGAGCCUUGUUCAGUGUGAAGGAAUCCCUGUCUGAAGAUGAGGCAGGAAAGAUGGGCCGCAAAGAUCCAGAACAGGAAGUGGAAAAGUUUGUGCUGGCCAACACACAGGAACUGGGCAAAGACAAGUGGCUUUGUCCUCUAAGUGGCAAAAAGUUUAAGGGCCCAGAGUUUGUUAGGAAGCACAUUCUAAACAAACAUGGCGACAAGAUUGAGGAAGUAAAGAAAGAGGUCGUCUUUUUCAACAACUUCCUGAUGGAUGCAAAAAGACCCUCCAUCCCAGAGAUGAAACCUCCACCUCCUCCAGGCCCAGGACAGGGAGUGCUUUCCCCGGGAGGUCUUCCAUUCCCGCCUCAGGGUCCUCAAGGUCUCAUGGGUUUUGGCCAGCCCAGACCUCCAGUGAUGGGUUAUGGAGGUGGUCCUCCUUACCCACCCAACCAGUAUGGUGGAGGCGGCAGAGGCAACUACGACAACUUCCGUGGACAAGGCGGUUACCCUGGAAAACCUAGAAACAACCGGUAUUGACAAGUCUCCAGUCAUUCAGUUAUGGCAAUGGGUGUUUCAUUCCAACACAUGCUGUACGUGGUAGACCAAUCACACAGGACUGUGCCAUCUGACCAAUCACAGCAGUGAGGGCUCACGGAAAGGACAAGCAAGCAAUUUGCGAAUGCAGUUUUGAUUGUACAGAGUUAUUCAAGGCUUUAAUAAACAUAUAGUUGAAUCCUGUCAUUUAUGGACAAGAUUGUGUGGGUGAUUGAAUCUGUUCGCGAUCUGGCUAUUUAAAUAUCCAACAGUAGGCUAAACGACAGUAAACAUACGACGCGACAAUAUAUGGUUUAUCUGUGUUCAAGCAAUCUGAGGUAUUUUCAUCAUAAUAAAGUAUAUUUAUAAUCCAAUGCUAAUCGACAUAGCCUUUAUUACCGUAUAGAAUAUAUUAUCUGCCUUGUUCUAUGACAAAAACCGCACAUCAGCUUACAAAAUGAAGUUAUUUCAAACACACGACUUGUGGAGUAAAAUCAUUAUUAAAUGUCCUCUUUUGUUGGACAACGCUUCUCUAAGUUGUUUGGGGUGUGUUGCUUUUUGAUUGCACGUUAGUUACAGCGCUUGCAGAGAUCGAGCAGCUUUUACUACUGCGAUUUGUAUACAUUCAAUGAAAAAAAAAAAAACUGCUUAAUAUUUUGAGCGCAAAUUGUAAUAAAAACACAUUAAUCUUCAGCUUGACGCGGGCCACAAAAUUAAUGCAGAUGGGCCUGUUGAGUACCCCUGGUGUAGGCUAUUUUACUUAUUAAUUACAGUUGUUCCUAUACUAGUAUCGGAAAUUCCUCCAAUACCACAAAUUCUGGCAUCGGUAUCGGCGAGUACUUGAACCCAUUUACCGAUCCGAUACCAUUUUCUUAAACAAGACUUAUUAUGCCCUCUAACUUUACUUAACGCUGAAAAUCGGAAAUCAAUUCUUCUUCGCUGCUCAGAAUGCAAACACAGGAAGUUGUGCUGUGUUGCCACAAGCAACCACUAUUUAGAGCAGCGAAGAAGAAAUACAAACGUGCUAGCACAUUGCCAGUAAGUUAAAUCACUCGCAUAUGCGACUAAAUCUUCACCCUGAGCGACUAAAUGAUGUCUAAUAUUAGCCUCUGGGUAAUAAGUGCUCAGAUUUUACUCGCCAGUGUGUGAGUUGGAGGCUAUGUAUAAGUUUAGCACAGAUAUAUUGUCACUCUCCGAACACUCUGAAUGAGUGCUUCAGAGUUUCACUCUCCGUCAAGCGAUCUGUGCUAUUUUUCACAUCAUCUGAAUGGAUGCGCGGCGCACCUGUAUUUGACGUACCGUAAGCUCUAGUGUGAAGCGCACAACGCUUUGCUUUGUCUUGCAUGUAGCUUGUCAAUUCUGCAUGGUAUGUAAACUAUAUUCUUUGUUGUAUUUUCCUGUCAAAAUAAUGGAGUUCCUUUUGGAAUUCUUCAGCUUUUAAGAACUGCCAGUAGGCUCUCCAGUAGUGGGCGGAGCUAAUGCGCAAA